CUUUUACUCUAGCUAACGGGCUAUUUGCUGGGCUGCAGCCAGCUAACUUUAGCUAAUCGGGGCCCUGUUCUCCCUCUUGAUACCUGCAUUUUCCGGAUCUUUCAAGGGCCAUGGAUUUCCCAGGCCAUUUUGAGCAGAUCUUUCAGCAGCUGAACUAUCAGCGUGUCCAUGGUCAGCUUUGCGACUGUGUCAUCGUGGUAGGCAGCCGACACUUUAAAGCCCACCGCUCCGUGCUGGCGGCCUGCAGCACCCAUUUCAGAGCGCUGUUCACUGUCGCAGAGGGAGAUGCUAGCAUGAACAUGAUCCAGCUGGACAGCGAGGUGGUGACGGCCGAGGCCUUUGCUGCUCUCGUGGACAUGAUGUACACGUCAACACUGAUGCUCGGCGAGAGCAAUGUCAUGGAUGUUCUCCUCGCAGCUUCGCAUCUGCACCUCAACAAUGUGGUCAAGGCUUGCAAACACUACCUGACGACGCGCACGCUGCCCAUGUCCCCCUCAUCCGACAGAGCUGCCCAUCACCACCCACAGCAGGAGCAGCAGAGGCACAGACAGCAGCAGCAGCAGCAGCAAGUAGCUGAUUUAGCAGUGAACCCGAUGUUAGCAGCUAAUGCUAACCUUGCAGCAAAUGCUGCCACUUCAAAGCUGCAGCGCUCCUUCUUACUGCAGCAGCUGGGGCUCAGCUUGGUGAGCUCUGCUUUGGGUGGGAUGGAAGACGACCGGGCGGGAAAUGUAGUUGGCAGUAGGGUGGUUGACCAGAGGGCCUCCUUCCCAAUCCGACGCUUCCACAAACGGAAGCCCUCUCUGGCGCUGGGGCUUUCAGAGGAGAGACCCAGACAGAGACAGCGUCCUUCAGCACCUAACCUCGGGUUGUUAGGAGAAGAAGGGGUGAACGCAGAGCGGGAGGAGGGAGCACUUCUCUCCCCGGAUUCCCACAAGAUGGGGGACGAAUCUAAACUUGACCCUGCGAUCACUGGGUUAGCAGCUGCGUCCCAAGAUGACCCUCAGAUGCCGAGUCAGUCAGAUAGUGGACGCUGCGAGGAGGAGAACUUGGGAAGAAUUCAAGGAGUAAACAAAGAAGAGGACAUGGAUGACCAGGAUCAGCAGGACAGCAGAGCAGGGGUGAAAAUAAAAUCAGGAACAGAGGAGGAGGAGAACGAAGAAGAGGAGCAGAAGGUAAAGCUACAGGUGGUUGUUAAACGUGAGCCGCUAAGUUCUCCCGAGCCAGCUGAUGAAAUUAGCGACGUCACAUCGCAGGCCGAAGGCAGUGAUCCCCCCGAGCCUGGGUGCCAGGAGGACGAAGAGAAGGUGGAGCUGAGCCCAGAGAGCAGCGACCGCAGCUUCACUUCUGAACCCCAGCCCAGCUCCGGCUCUCUUCUCCAGCCCAGCUCCCAGCUCAUCCUCAAGAGCAGUAUAGGAGGAGGAGGUGCGAACGGAGGAGGUUUUGGGUGUAAUAAUGGACUGAGUGGCAAACCUGGUUUCAGCAUUUCCAGCUUCCUCAGCCAAAAGGAUUUUGCGACUGGCAGCUCGGGGAUGGUUGCCGGAGAGGAUGACCUUCCGAACACAACAACUGGGGAUGCAGUAGCACAUCGCUUUCUGCUGAGGCAGGAAGCUGCUGGCACUUCGAGCUCUGCUUCUUCCUCUCUUUUGCAAUCAGGCCCACUCAGUGGUGAGAGUAGAAGCAGUUUUGGAGAUAAUCUGCAAGCCGAUUCUCUGUUCCUCCGCCCCCUGCAUGAUGGUUUAGGAAACCCCAGAGGAAAUGGGGGAAAUUCAAGAGGAGGACGUGGAGGAGUGGAUCCUUUUGAUUUGGAAUUCCAGCGCUCAAGUUUGGGGCUUCAUUCACUGGGACGGCCCUCAAGAGAGACAGGAGGAGCCAGCGGCACAGGUCUGAGUUAUCCAGGCUACAGACGCAUUGCUCCAAAAAUGACCACUGGCAUGGGAGGAGAAGAGGCAGUAGGGGGGAUUCUUCAGGAUGCUGCCUCUUCUUCCUCAAGUCUAGCAGGUCCCCUGCUCCUCAAUGAGAACGGAGGGUAUGAGAUGAGUGGCAACAGGCCCACCUCCCUCCCCCCUCAGCUCACCCGGGCCUCAGCAGACGUUCUGUCCAAGUGCAAAAAGGCUCUCUCAGAGCACAAUGUCCUAGUGGUUGAAGGGGCACGAAAAUACGCCUGCAAAAUCUGCUGCAAAACCUUCCUCACCCUGACUGACUGCAAGAAACACAUCCGUGUCCACACGGGAGAGAAACCCUACGCAUGUCUGAAGUGUGGAAAACGCUUCAGCCAGUCUUCACACCUAUACAAGCAUUCCAAGACCACCUGUCUGCGCUGGCAGAACAGUAACAUGUCCAAUGCCCUGCUGUAGGAGCAGAGUGUGGAGAUUAAAACACUAGGAAUCAGUGUAGCUGCCUUUAAAGUCACAAAGCUGUUAUAAAAAUGUUUCUGAAGCUCUGACUGAACGGCCAGUUUUGUUAUCCGCUCUGUCUAAACUAACUGAUCCUGAUCACAGACCAAAGAUGGGGAUGAAAAUGUAACUUAAUAUGAAUAUGUAACAUGAUCUUCUCCAGGACCAGUUGAUAAAGUUUCUGUUAAAAAAUUAACCCCAUAGAAAGAUUAUAGGGAUGUAGGACAUGCAAAAUUAGCAUAUUUAUUUAUGUUAAUUAAUUGCAAAGUGUCAAAGUGCACCCUUUAAACUUUACUGUAUUAGAGCCUGACUGAUUUGUCUGCAGGCCGAUAUAUCAGCCAAUUCUGGCUAUUUACCAUUUGGCAUUGAGAAUGGCCAAUAAAUGAAAAUUUAAAAAGGAAAAAAACAUCUUUUAACAAUUUUGUGAGCAUAACACAGCAUAAAAGAUGGACGUAGCUGCUGUGACAUCACCCUUUGGUUUGUGAACUCCCAUUAUGAAACUUCAAGAUGAGCGUCUUCACCAUUUGAGGUGAUCCUUUAGUGCCGAUUCAUUGUUAGUGGUACACUUGGAAUUAAAUUCGAUUCAGUCAUUGCAACACUCAGAGGCAGCUGUGCAACAUCAGCACUAAAGACUGACAUCAUGUAAAAUAUUGUAUUUAAAUUCAUAUUCAGUGCAUAUUUGUAAAAACAUGUAGCAGCUGACAUUAUUGGCUGUGCCUUGUUCUGUGCACGGGCAGUCACAUCCAUUCACAUUCAUCCACGUUGGUCGCCAUUAUGCGUGUAAGUGCUAAAAUCUAAUAGUUUAUUAGAUGCAAGCAAAAAAAGGCAGAGAUAAUCCAGUGUGUGGGAGAGACCUGGGUAAUGCUGAAAUCUAUAGCAUUUUAACAGUUUAACCAGCAGAGAAGGCGACAGAGUAUGUAGUGUUGUAACAGUGUUUUUAUUCUGUCAUGUGGUGAAAUGUCAGCAGUACUUUGUUAAUUAUUAGUCAUCAUGAGGAAUCGAGCAGUGGACUAAUUCAAGUCAAAUUAACGUGACAUGAUCGUCGUCUGUGGUUGAUUUUCAGUCUGUCGCUGACGUUGUUGCUGAGCUCAUUUUAAUGUUGAAAAUAUUUUUGGUUAAAGGCCAAAUAAUUCAAAAUGUACUCAUGGAGGCCUUCAUGUGGCAUAUGUCUGCAAGAGUAACAGCCUCACUUUGAAACAUUUAUACUUGUAGGGGGAAAAUUAUGAAUUACCCUGAUUAUCCUUCCACCACAACUGUUUACCUUAAAGUGAAGUUUCAUUGUUUACUGACGUAAAACUAUUACGGCAAUCAGGAGAAAGGUUUAAAAAAAACAAACAAACGCAUUUUUCUGUCUAAAUUCAUAAAACAGUUUAUUGUGAUUGUAAAAGAUAUGGCACUACGUGACUUUCAGCCGUAGCUCCUCGGUGUUGUGCGUUUAUUGAAAGAACGGGGAAGUUUCAGUGACGAGUUCAGCAUGUGUUGGAGGAAAAAAAAAAUUUAGACAUGUAAAUACUGUAUUGCACAUUUCUGGUAAGUCUUUUGGAGAGGAGACAAAACAACUCCUAAAGAUGUAAACAUUGUGUGUAUGUUUGCUACUGUACUUGAUAUGAGUGCUUUAUACGUGUCUCUUUACAUAUAAUGUUGCGCCUGAUACAAAAACACUGAGACAAAUCAGUCUUUUUUUUUUACAGCUAAUAAUGUUUACUGGAAUGUUGAACUAUGUGACGACAUCUUCAUUGUAAUCCAACCAUCCCGCUCACCCAGCUCUUAUGAUCUUCCUUCUUACUUUGUUAUUCUGUUGUGCUGGAAAUGAAAACAAAGUUCCACUAGUCUAGAAAAAUGUAACAUCACUAAAGGAAUAUUUCACAUGGAGAAAGUAAUUUAAAAAAAAAAAAAGAUUUUAAUGUUUUCAUUUUUUGUUAAUUACAAGAAAUUUUGUGUUUUAUGUAGCUGUAUUUUAAUGUAACUUGAUAAAUGUUGGGGAACGCUGUAAGUUACAAGACAACUAUGUUACAACUGAGGAUGUGUACGCUUAAAAAAAAAAAAAAAGUAUAGACAGGAUUUACAAAAAUAAUAUCACAUGAAGGUUUUCUGCUAGCAGACAUCCUGCAGGUUGAAAAACAGCCUUCCUGGAUGUCAGUAUGUUUUUUGAAACAGUGUUCAUGCUGUGCUGUAGAGUUCUGUUUUAGUGAACUGGAAUGGAAAAAAAUAACACAUUAAUUAACAUGUUUGCUUUUUGUAUACUUUAAUGAUUGGUAUAUUGUGACACUUGAGCUGUCAGUGAGACAGGAUCAUUGCUUUCAAUCCUAGUUGGCACCUUAUUGUACUGUAGAGUCAUCACACUGUUAGCCCUUUACAAAAUGACACUUUUUAAAAAGAAAAAAAAAGUUAUUUAAAGUUAUUUUCCCUGUAAAUUUAAUUCAGAACUCUAUUAAAGUCAUUUAAAAUGACCAGUGACCGUUUAGUCUUUAAUCUGACUAAAAUUUAGUCUGUUGCUCUGACUCUCACUCACAUUCAGCUUCUUCUCUCAUCAUGAAGCGAGGUAGCUGUAGCGGGCUUUUGAAAAAUGCAAAGGUAGAUAUGGGAUCAGACAAAGGUUUGACUGUUUACAUGUCACACAAGCAGGUUAGGUGCUGUCUUCUACGGCUGUUGUAUUAAUUAUUAAAUUAUUAUUAAAACUGCACUGACUGAACUACCCUCUGUAUGAAGAUGUUUGAUUUCUUAGAAAGAAAUGUGUAUAAAAGUCUGAUUAUUAAAGUCACUGCCUUAUGCCCUCUAGCUUGUAAAGCCGGGCUUUUGUUGAUAUGCCAAAAUUGAAUGGUUUGGGGGGGGGUGUUAGUUUGUUUUUUGUUUGUUUUUUCUGUAUAACGUCCGUAGUGUAACAAUGAGGUGGCUAAAUGUUUGUCUCUUUACUGUUGAGGACUUUUAAGAUUGUAUGGUAUGUUCAGGUGUUGUAUAGGCUGAAUAAAAAUGCUAUGAAAUUCA